AUGUCAGUGAACACAAGCGUCACGGGGUCUGUGGGCUCCUUCGGGGCGUUGUUGUUGUCACGGGAUUUACGGCCGCAGCAGAACAGCAGGAUCACAGCCACCGCAAUCAGCAGCAAUCCGCCAAUGACAGAGGAAGCAAUGAUUGCAACGUGCUCGAGCACUGUAAGGCCGCUGUCGGUAUCCGGCUCUGUGUACACCAUUGACGGUGUCACAGGGGAGAACAGCUCAGGCAACUCGGGGUCGAACACGCGGGCCAUCGACCACACAGAAAUACGCGUCGCUCCGUAG